ACAGAACAACAUUAAAACACAUUUUACUCAGAUUGUGCCAAAAUGUUUUUUCUUAUUUAGUUUUCUCACAAUUUUGCUCAUCUUUUUUGUUGUCUCCCAGGUGCAUGCAAACAUUGUUUUAUCUAUCUCUUAAGACCACAUUGUGUAAACUCUAUCAUUGCAAACCUCAACGUUUGAUUCUUGCAUUUUGAUAUAUGCACAUGUGGAGGUUUAUGUCAUUUUUGUUGGUUUUCUGCUGCAUUAUCGGCCAUUUCCUCCUCAUGGAACAACACAAGGCCUCUGCUACAUCCAGUGUGCCAUGCUGAGCUGACAUUGUGUGUCGCGGCAGGGGUUAACAGUGUCUCCUCCCUCUCUGCUGGCCAGACGGUGACGAGCUCAGGUGACAGUUCACCGUGCACACUCAGUGCAGAGCCCGGGCAUCACACAAAUGUGGGUGGGGUCGCCUCGAUGCGCAACCAGACAGCAAUGUGCGCUCCACGGCAAAGCGCAAAGUCUAAACUUGAGUAAAGAACCAGCAGCCUGCAGGAGAGAGGAGGGGGCUCAAGUGGGCAAAGAUUGAGAUUCACUCUCAGUAGAGAAUCACAUAAAAGGCUGAGAGGAGGAAAAACCCUGACUGGACAGAAACUGAGAGGCCACAGGGUGAAACGUGCAGAAAGAGACGUGAGUAGGACGUUUAUUCAUCCUCAGAUUUGGAGUUUUUGUCUGUGCGUCUUUCUCCAGUCAGCCUCCAUCAUGGCAUGGCCGUGCAUUACGCGUGCAUGCUGCAUCAACCGCUUCUGGACCGAGCUGGACAAAGGGGACAUCGCGGUGCCUCUGGUUUUCACCAAAUACUCGGAUGUGGCCGACGUGCAGCAUCUGUCCCAUCACCCGCAGCCGAAGCAGCGGGCGGGCGCCAUCGCCAUAGAAACGCAGCCUCACCCCGGCGAGCAGGAGGCUGGGAAGGCACCGCCCGCGACCGGUGCCGCAGCGGGCAAAGAUGGCUCUUCUGAAUCCGUUAUGCGCCAUGACUUCAAGGCGUGGAGAGUGCGCCCCGAGCCCAGCUGCAAGCCCCGGAACGAGUACCACCCCUCCGCGGCCCCGUUCAACAACGAGACUCAGUACCAGAAGGAUUACAAACCGUGGCCUAUACCGAGAAAACAUGACCACCCCUGGAUCCCCAAACCCAGCCCCACCGCUGCUGCUGCUGCUGCGGCCGCCACAACAGAGCGCAGCGCGGGGAGCGGAAAGCCGGAGCCUGCAGCCGAGGCCGAGAGCGGUGUGGAGAAGAGCGAGAUCGAGGAGAAGAUGCAGGAGAAGGAGUCAAAGGAGGCGGCAAAGAGGAGCGUGAAGAGGGAGAAGUCAGCGGAGAGAAAACCUGCCGAGAAGUCUGAGGGAGAAGUGUCUGCAGAGGUGAGCGCAGAGCAGAGGAAAGGCCGCGCAGCUGCAGACGCUCUCAACAGGCAGAUAAAGGAGGUGAUGUCCACCUCCAGCAGCUACAGGACUGAGUUCAAGGCCUAUAAGGAUGUGAAACCAGUGAAGGCCAUCAAAGCUCCGUCUCAGUACAAACCCCCCGGGGUGGAGACCAGUCGGGAGACCAGCUACAGUGCCACAUUCAAGGGGGAGCAGGUGAAGGCUCAGCCAACUGACAACAAGCUGCUGGAGCGCAGGAGGAUACGCAGCCUGUACAGCGAGCCCAGCAAGGAGCCGGCCAAGGACUUCUCAGAGACUGAGAGCAGCUCUGUUGUAAACCUGCUGUAGUCAGGCGGACAAACCAGUGUCUCGUACCAAACCAAAAAAGACACCAACAACAACAACAGGAAAGAUGGUGAAAAAAUCCAAGGAGAAGCUGAUUGCCGGUUCCCAGUCAGCCAAGAAGAAACCGUCCGUGGGCGCCGCAGAACCCAAACCGGAGGGAGUGGUCACAAAGAAGAGCAAAGAGAUCAGAAACAGACUGGCUGAAGCGAAGCAGUAAAAGUUACAUGUCACCACCUCGAUGUGCUUCAACAAAAGGUCGCCUGACGCAUCUUGGCCAAUCUCUUCCCUUUGGUUUUUACUUCCUGACCUGUUGUUUUUGCUGUCCUGUCACUUAUUGUUUAACUUUGAAUGGGCACUGACGUCGAGCUUUUAGAAUAAUGCAAAUAAUUUCACUGUAAUGUGUGUGUGCGUGUGUGAGCGUGCGUGUAUGUUGGUGCACAGAACCGCUUUAUAUUAAUUGAGCACAUAAUUUGCACAUAAUUUAUGAGUUGUGUUUGACAUCUAUAAAAAGAGCCAUCUGUACACAUGUUAUAUGUGUAUAAAAGGGCAUUUUUACCUUUGUCUGAAUGGAUGACAAUUUGAGAUCAAUAUUAAAAUGAUUGUAGAAAAUGUCAAGGGGAAGAUUCUUCUCCGAGACGGUAUCACAUGAGAGGUUUUGUUAAAAAUGCAAAAUCAGUUUUUACGGUUGCGUUCCUAGUUACAGUGCCUCUGCUGUAUGGUCCUGGUUUUCAUUUCAUUGUUCUGGAUGAUAUCUGGUUUCAUCAGUUUGGUUGCUAAGAAACCAAAUGACCUGUAAUAUAAUUGCUAAAGCCUGCAUGCAAGAGCCCCGUUUUUGGUUGAGUAGCAACACUUUUAGCAGACGACACUGUAUGUCACAGUCACAUUUUAGCUUGUAAAUUGAGCCAUCGAAGAUAAAUGUGUAGGGGCAAGACCUGUUCAGAUAUAAUGCAUGUGUAGUAAUAGACUGAUCACAUCAAAGGGUACAUACACUCGGUAAAAUCAUAGUCUAGUGGCUAUUGAAGCUAUAAAGUAAACACACCAGCAAAAUGGUUUCACCCACAAACAUAUUUCUUGCAAUUUAAAUGGAGAUCCACUCCUUUAAUCUAAUAGGACUACUGCAGUUUCCACAGUGACUCAGUAUUUCCUGGCAUUGUACUACAUCUUCUCCUCUGAGCUGCGACGCUGUAAUUGUGUUAAAUAAGAAAAAAAAGAAGAUGCUCAUGGGCUUAAAAAACCUGUUGUAUUUACUGGAUAAUUUUCACUCUGAGCGCGCUGAUUUCUCCAGGUGUUGAAGGACAAGGAAUGGGCCAGGACUUGAAGUUCAGCUCCUCAAACUGCUGCUGUCAGAAAAUGCGCAAAAAUCCCAUCUGUUCAUCGCGAGCGUGACAUUGACGUGUUUUUACUGAAAUGUCAUCACACCCCGUCCCUCUGUCUCUGCAAACACAAGUCGUCUGAGGCCAACAUGGCUGCAGUGUGCGAGGGCCCAGUCACGCCACUAUAGCCACCGUGAGUCUGCUUCCAGUUUUAGCUUCAGUGAGUGAAUACAAGUGUGUGUGUGAGUGUGUGUGUGUGUGUGUGUGUGUACAAGUGAGACUUUUCAGUGUAUGACCUCUACAGCCUGCUGCCUGCUAACAUCAAGUCUGACCCCACCACAAGAAGUGCUGCUGUGCACUCCAACACCCUGGUGCUAUAUCUCCCAUCGUAUGCUGUCCUGCUCGGACUGCGUGGGGCGUCAGGCCAGAGUGAAAUGACCAUGUGAUGAUGUCAUGCUGCUGCAGACAUGUUGUGAUGUUGUGCUCGUAUUCUCAGCUUGUUCUGAAUGAACUCCAAUUAAAAUGACA